UAUGCGCGCAGUUUUACGCACGUCAAGAAUCGAAAUGAGAAAGGAUUCAACGAGCGUGUGUCGUCCCCUUUAACGCGCUCUCGUUCACUUGUGUAUCAAUCUGUGCGCUGUUGCCAACUCGGGCGCUUCGUGUCGCCAUCCUCCGCCAGUUCCGUUACGAGCUUAUCAUCACCGGAGCAUCAGACCAGACUGCCGUCGGGCGACUCCGGGCGUGUCCGUCUGCCGUGAGCGAACAAGCGCGUGCGUGAGUGUCAAGAAAGCGCGCGAAUAAAACCGUUAGGGAACGGAAAUAAAAUGCUUGGAAAUCGAAAAGCGUCGCAGCUUUAUCGCUAGAUAUAGUUGUUUAUCGGACAAAAGCAUGAAGAAGCAUCACAGCCCCGCAAAGGGACCGCCGGAAGUCGCCGUACCAGACAGCGAGGCGACCAUAGUACAACUCAACAAGCUGUUGUCCAACGGUAGCGGUUUCUACAGCCUGCCAUCACAUCACUUCAACGAGGUGUUUCCCAGGAUUUACAUCGGCAAUGCGUUUGUGGCCCAGAAUGUAAUGCGCCUGCAGCGGUUGGGUGUGACACACAUACUAAACGUCGCAGAGGGAAACUCUUUUAUGCACGUCAACACCAAUGCAGAGUUUUAUGCGGGAACUGGAAUCACAUACCACGGCAUACAGGCCAAUGACACGGAGCAAUUCAACAUCAGCGCGUUCUUCGAGGAAGCAGCAGACUUCAUUGAUAAGGCUCUGGCACAUGGAAAAGGAAAGGUGUACGUUCACUGCCGCGAAGGAUACAGCCGGUCCCCCACUAUCGUACUCGCUUACCUCAUGCUCCGUCACAAGAUGGACGUACGAGUUGCCACGGCUACAGUUAGGCACAAGAGAGAGAUUGGCCCUAAUGAUGGAUUCCUACGCCAGCUAUGCCAACUCAAUGAAAAGCUGGCACAGGAGGGCAAGUUGAAGACUAAAUGAAGGGAAUUUGUGUUUUCUAGAUGUACACAUGCAGUCGCACAUGGUCUAAAAAGUGUGCAGCCGUCUAAGUAUAUUAACGGAAUGUAUGCAUACAUUUGAUUUGAUCAAACAGAGCAUAUGCAUGGAGGUAUACAGUGAUUUCAAACACACACUCCUACAGACACGUAUAGUUCACACACACAAAGUGUUGUUAGUUUCCAAAAUAAUUACUCCUGCCUACAGCUGGCUGGUAAAUGGGAAAUCUACUGGUGUAUCUAGAUUAUUAAGACUGUAGAAGGAACAAGGGCAGUGUUUUUUUAUGACAUCACAAUUCUCAUUUCCCAUAUUAGUGGCGAUCUCUCAUCAGGACCACAUUGAAGCCUAAAGCAUUCCAGUAUAGCCAACUGUUUGUAUAUCACACAAAUUCAACUUUUGGAGCAAAACAGCCCAGCAGUCACUGGUAAAGAUUGUAGAGUAGAGCACAAUCACUCUGCAGGCCAUUCCUAUUUGUAUGUAGAAGAAAAUGAUAUUUAGGUAAAAAGCAUGAAAAUGUACCUUUUACAACCCAUUUACAGAAACUUACAGCCAGAUUUGUGAUGGCUUAAAGCAUUUUAAAUCAGGAGUUAAAACAACCAUUGACUCGCCAAAUGACAUUCCACGUUGUACCAAGAAGUAGCAUACAAUCAACAAGAUAUAAUUACAAGAAGCCAUUAACAUGAUUCAACGAACACGGUUCAAUGCACUGACAAUGCAUCAGCCCAUUAGAUCUGUUUUCUCUGGAAUCACUUGCCACUUAUUCACUGCCAGUCUCAUGCCGCACAUUACAUCCACCGUGAGAUUAUAUUAGCCAGCCUUGACCAGAGAGACAUGUACAGUACAGCAGAUAAAAAGCCACUGCUACAGUACAGUAUGUCACCUGUCUAAUGAUGUGCCCUUAUGCAAGGUUUGCGAUCUACAGUCUUAGUGCCCCAGCUCAGAGGUCACAUGGUUCAGUGCAAAAUUGAUGUUUGUCUAUUUGAAGUUGGUGUAAAUUGGCAUGUUGAAGAAUUAGAAAAGGUUUAGCGCAUUACCAGGACUUAGCAUGUCAUUUAAAACCACAUUGAAUUUCCUGAUGUUGAUGCUGUGCUUAAAGUCUAUAUUUAGUGGACACUUAAGCCCGGACUAUAAUCAGUUUUUUACGGGUACAGGUACGCGAACGUAUGUGCACGGUCGAAUGCACAGCCUUGCAAAGUAUAGUUUAUUUGAAACGUACUUGUUCACAGGCGUUCGACGACUGCACAUUGCGACAAAAUGCAAUGCAUACUCCUGGGCAACAUACUACAUUCUCCUCUUGGCGCACGCACGAUUUUACCCGAAAAAAUGUUGUGGUUGAGAAUAGUCAAUUUUUUACGUACAAGCGAGAGUCUGGGUAAAGUGCACGUGAAGCAAUUUUCGUCAUCAGAAGAUUGCUCUCAUAAAGUACGUGCAACGCUGGAUUUUUGACACAUACAUUAUACUCAUUCUGCGCAUGCACCUACAGUAGAAUGUAGUUUGUAGCUCAAAAUAAGUAUUACAUUUUGUCACAAUCCGCAUGCAUCAAAUGUCUGUGUACAUGUACAUGUCAAUUCAAUUGAAUUCAAUUUUAUAGACCCCUUCAUGGUUCACGUCACAGGCGGUUCCCACUGCGCAUGUCGGGGUCAGAAAAGUCAUUACAGCAGAUUGAGUUACGUAUUAUUUGGUAUCGUAAAAAAUGCCUACUUACGUCGUGGGCUGUGAAAAUCGCACCAGGUCUUCCGUUAAGUUUUCGCGAUUCAUGCAGAAUCUCAAAAACAAAAAAAUACAACAUCUGUGGCUGCAAGCAAUUAACGUGCAGACUGGGACAAUGCAAAUUUCAAAGAGGCUUGUGUUUGUAGUGCUCACUUCAUUUAAGGUAAGUCAUCUUUUUUUAGCCCUGUUAGAUUAAAUUAUAAAGCCUCGAUUGUAUAAACAGUUUGACCCCAUGCUGCGCGCGCACCCGAUAGUCAUUCAAUGUUUACAAACCUUGAAGGGGUCUAUUUAUAUAGCGCUUUGCACAAUUGUUUAAUUGUUUCGAAGCUGCUUCACAUUAAUAGCUGCAGGAGAAAACACAGAAAAAUCGUAAACAUAAGCAGCAAAAUACAGCGGUUAAGAUUAAUCGUACUAGCGAGCGCAGUAAUAAUGUAACGUAUAGAAGAGGGUGCUAAGUUAAGCCAAUGUCAGCUGAACGCCUAGGAGUUGAAAAAUAACUCUAGGCUAUCCCUCCAGAAAAACGCGAUUAUGCAAUCGCAUGAUUCGAUGCAUAAUCAGCCAAAGUCUGCAUAUUUAUGCGGGGGCCGCAUUUUUUAACUACGCCGCAUAAAUUGCAGAUUUCUGCUCGCAAAAUAUGCGGGGCUUGCAUGAUUUCAUAAUCCCCGCAUUUUCAUAGCAAAAAGUCAUAUAUAUCUUACCAGAAAGUUGAGAAAUGUUGCAUUUACUUCACCAUGCGCAGCCAUGUCUCCUGUUGUCAUGGGAAUGUUUGGAAGUGAUGUAAUUACGCGAUGUAAACAUCAAUGAAAAGCUGCAAACAGUUCACACAGUUUUUGCAAGUUCUCGCAAUUUUGGCAAGUUCCCGCAAUUUCAUUGCAUAAAAUUGCAUAAAUAUCCCGCAUAUUCUAUCGCAUGCCGCAAGAUCAAGGAUUUUUGCCCGCAACACUCACCAAAAAACUCUGCGUUGUUCUGGAAGGGCUGCCUAGGAGAAAAACCCUCCUGGCUUUUUUAGUAAGGAGGAAAAAUCCUAGGAGGGAAAAAGAAACCUUGAGGAAGAGCCAGACAUAGCUGAUUCUAUAGAGGAUAUACUAUAUAUUAGAUACUAUUUUAUACAAUUUUAUGGGAAGUAAAACAUUUAAAAUUAUAUUUAUAUAUGAAGAGUUUCGUUGCAAAACGAGAUAAAUCCAUUAUUUAACAUUUUUGUCAAAACAUGUUUAUUAUUAUGUUAUCAUGUUAUUAUUUUGUUUUAUGGUGCUACUUAGCUGUAUUUUUUAAGUUAUGAAGGUUUAAAUCAAAACAAACCAACUGCAGUUGCAUUGAAAUUAAUUGGAAUGCACAACCAAAAAACGAGAUUUCUGAACAAUUAAAAAAAACGGUGGUUAUCUCGUUUUGCAACGAAACUCUUCAUAUAUACACACGGAUAAGUAGAUGGUCGAUAUCGGCUGGGCAUUACGUUGAAGGAUGGCCAGUAGAUCAAUGGUGUGAUGACCUUCACGUCAGCAGGAACUGGUCCUGUUUGUCUCAUUGUCCUCGGGAUCAAGGACGAGACAGGGAGUCAAAUGAACUAUACUUUGCAAGGCUGUGCGUUCGAGCGUGCAUGUGCAAACAGACUAUACAAUGGGCUUUACAGUACAUGAGACUGUAAUUGUAAUGAAUUUUGGUGCACUGUUGAUUUUUUCAGUUUUUAAUGGGGUCAUAUCAUACUUUGUUGCACUUAUGUAAGUCUAGAAUUUAGGCAGAAAACUAUUUUGCACCACCUUUUUGCUCCUUAAAAUUAUAGGAGUCAUUUUUUGCUGCUGUGCCUUUAAGACUUAUGUGGCAUUUACACCAACACCCAGAAGAUGCGGCAAAAACGUGCUUUUUGCGCAUAGUUGGACGCUUGAACAUUUUGAGUUUACUCGCUUUAUUCGCACGUGAAAUUCUAGUCAUUUGAGACAUUCAUGCGGAAAUCCGCGUCAUGGGAGGGGCUAAUCACGUGACUACUAGAGCAAGUUCCUUAUUGGUUGACGCGGCACGUUUAUCCGGCAAAGAUCAGAUUUUUCAACUCGCGCGUUUCUCGCGCCAAUGCUCAAUUCUUACCAUGUAAAUCACUCUCGCUUGCCGCCUUUACCGCUGUUGGUGUGAACACCACAUUAUAGGUGCAAUAGGUGCAGCGGACAAAUAGAUGUGAUUAAUUUUAAAAUAAAAACUAGAUUUUUUGUAUGAUAUGACCCCUUUAAAGGAAGAACAGCAUCACCACAUUUGGAAUAAGUGUAUCUAAGUUAUCAAAUAUAUUUGAUCUUUUAAAAGGGGGCCCUUGGGGCUCCGAGCAUUUAUUAUUGAUUAAUCAUUUUCCAACAUCAUAAAGUAAUAUAGUACAACUCUUAGACUAGAUUAUAACACAGAACAUUACUUAUGCCUCUUUUUAUAUUUAUAUAUUCCAGAUAUAUACUUGUAUAUACGUAUUUAGAUGUUGACAUAUAUGAAUGUAUAUGAACCGUCCAUAAUUUGUGUAUACAGCAUCUGUCAGUAAAAAUGUCAGCUAUAUUGUAGUCAACAUUUAAUUUAUUUUAAAGCGUCAUGAAGGCAUUUACCUAGAUGCUAGUUUUGUUUCAUACACCCAAUUGUUUUCUACAAGCUUUCUUAUUUUUAUAAACAUUUUUACAGUUUUUUUUACUGUGAUGGAGAGUGGCAUCAUUUGCUAUUUUUUAUAAUUUGCAUUGUAUUAGAGGAUCAAAGUUUGUUUUAAUAGCUAACAUUGGUUUAAGCUACGUGUCCAGUUAAAUCCACAAUAACUUUAUCUGUUACAUAUAUAUAUAUAUAUAUAUAGUAUAAAUUAUAUCCGACUAUAAACAUUCCUUUAUUAUAAUCUGGAGACUUAGGCUUUACACAACCUAACUAACUGUAGCUAUGAAAACCUGUGUGCCGUCACAAAACAACUGAACCAAUGAAGAUGGCCUGUGCCAAGCAAACUAUGGGAAUUUAUCAGUCAUUAUGAGAUGUCUGAACUGAAAUCUGCCUGUGCUUUGAGUCUGUAGCUGCAACUUUUAACCUCAAAAAGCGACAAUUUCACACGAGCAGAUUUGGAAGAAUAUUAUAUCAAGAUGCUUUUGCUAGCCCUAUACUGGCUUCAAAUGAACACACCCUGAAAAUGGAUUCGUGGAAGGAGAAACACUGCCAUCUGCUGUCGAAAACCAUGUGUGGUUUGCACAAACUGUCCUGCUAUGUAUUGCCUUUUAUUUGUAUGUAUCAGAUUGUACGUUACACAUAGAUGUUAUAAACAACAAUGUAAUCUUACAGGGACAAUUUAAUGAAAAUGGUUGUACUACUAUAUGGCUUAAUGAUGUCAAUAGUAUACAGUAUACAUUACAAUGAAUCACAAUGCUGCUUGGUCAUUUUGUAUUUAUGUCUCAUUAUCAAGAUGUGAUCAUUUUAAACUUUUUAAAAGUUUUAAUUCGAUAAUAAUAAUACAGAUGUUAAGAAAACGCUACCUAAGGCUGUAAAUGUAAAUGCAAACUGUCUAAGGUAUAAUGCUAAAUUGUGCUUGAAGUAGGCUUUGCUUAAACGCUCAUAAAGCGCUCAUACUGUAUAAGAAAUGUAUUUAUUACACACACAUAUACAAGCACAUAGUUGCAAUCAUAUGUACACACACACAUACUGCUGACUACAUGUAACUCUAUAUCGUCUGUGUGCUGUCUCUUCCUCCUGUAUGAUUUGUGUUGUUAUACUGUAAUGUGAUAUUGUAAACGAUUGACCGUUUGUUUGCUGUAAAGGACAUGGAAACUUCAGCGCUAACAAAUUUGGCAGGAGGGUUUGGCACAAAUGUUCACACUCUCAAAUUAUCUGUUAACAUUUUGUUGAUUGAAUGAUUGAUGACGUUAUGGAAUUGAUUUAUUCGGAUUUGAUCAGGAAGGGAAUAGGGAAUAGAGGUAAAAUGAACAAAUUCACAGAACACAGGCUGUCUAAACACCACACCUUAAAGCCUUAUCCUGCAGAUGGAUUGUAUAUUUUUGAUUCAUGACGCAAAGCAAGGUGAACAGCAUCUGAAGAGACUUUGUUGAAGUGCACUUGAUUAAAUUAGUUAUUUUUCUUACAUUGGAAAACUGCUUUUCCUUUUAUGAUGUAAAAAUAAAUGUCUAAAAUUAAAA